AUGGCGGAGAAAAAAGCAAUUCAAUUCCUCAACUGUCCAUGUUUACAAGGAAAAGAUCUUGAUUUGGGGAGAUCUGGGGAGGACAAGGAGGAGAGAGGAAGGGCUCACCGGUUGUUGGGAGGCAGGGGCGCCGGGUGGCUGGGCCGCUGUGCGGCGGCGGGAGGGGCGUCGCGCCGGGGGGCCGGGAGUCGCGCCGGCGCACCGAGAAGGCGGGGGCCGUCGCCGGCGGCACGGGAAGGCGGGGGCCCGGCAGCGGGGGGUGGCCGUCUGGCGGUAGAGGGUGGCAGCCCCGCUGCGGGGGGGUGGCGGCCCGACGGCCGAGGGCGGUCCGGCGGCGUGGGGUGGUGGGUGGCGCUCUGGCGGCGCGGAGGGCGGUUCGGUGUGCGGGUGUGUGCGGCCGUUCAAGCACGGUCCAUCCGCGUGUGCGGCGAAGCGCGCAUAUCAUGCUGCUCCCUCGACCCGCACGCGGAGCCCUACAUCGCAUCACACGGGGACUUCGAGGACAGGCUGCGCUUCACCGACUCCGAGGCGUCGUUCGACGACUCCGACGCGCCGCCGUCGUCCGAACGGGAUAAGUCUGUCCUGUUGCCGCGCCAGCAGCGCCGUCGGCCAAAUCCUGCAAGCUCCAGGGGAGCACACCACCACGCCUCGCGGCCUCCCCAGCGCAUCCCCACGCGGCUUGCGUCAAUCGUCGUGCACCCCGCACGCAUGUCCAUUGAGCCGGAUGCGGACGGCUUCAGGCGGGUGCAGAGCCGCAGACGCUGGCGGCGCGCCGCUGUGCCUAGCCGGCCGGUGCCCAGGGACCUGGUCGGCAAGUGCUUCAACUGCUUCGCUGAAGAUCACGUGCGGGCGAAGUGCACGUCCCCUCCGAGAUGCUUCGCCUGCAGGGAGGUGGGUCACCAAGAACGCGACUGCAGCUUCCGCCCGGUCGCUGGCCGCUGCAAGGGGAAGCGCGGAUGCUCCCCUAGUCGCAUGCCUCGACGUUGGAGCGCUCGUCGACGCCGUCCGUCCCCCAGUCGCCGUGCGUCACCGGCGGAUACGGCUUCCGCACGUUCGGCUUCCACCAGGAGGGAGCCCUCGGUGCAGCCGGUAUGCAUGCCGCCCACGCUGGAGCACCACCCUGAAGCACCGGUCGAUGAGCUGGCCAUCAUCGAGGAGCCGGCUGGCGUGACGCGGGUCGACGAGCCUGCCAGUGAGGCUUCUGCGCAUGCCUCCCAUGUGACAUCUGGUGGCGGCGCGGCCGAGGACGGCGCGGCCGCGGCUCGGGGGACGAGUCCCCCAACCCUCGACGGCCUGCCCAGCGGGCUCCUUCAGAUUCAGGGUGCUGGUGGGCAUGAAGGGCAUCCCAAACCAUCCUGGGCUCCUCCUGUGCUCGGGUCGACAUUGCCAACCCCGAGGCCUUGGCGGAUCCUGACGACGAGCGGGAGCUCUUCGUGGCGGCAUGGUGCACAAACCCGGACCUCAUCCCCGACGAGAAGAUCAUGGCGGUUCCUGAGCCGGAUGAGGAGCACGGCGGCGGUCCACCGCUGUACCUACGUCCGCACGAUAUCAUCUACGACGAGGUUCCGGCGCUGCGAUGCUGGGUGCGCCUCAGGAUCAUCGAGUUCCAGGAUUGGCAUACGCCGCCGCCGUCCUCCGGUGAUGACUAUGAUGCCGGUGGCGACAGCGACGACAGCAACUACAACCGCUACCAUCCGGGCUUCGGCGGUGGCAGUGGUGGAUCGCGGCCGCGCACGACCCGGUUUGGCGGAGUGGAGGGAACCGCGCUUGGGCUGUGGGUCCGGGCCAGCCUUCCGCGCGCGGGAAUCGAGGGGCGCCAUCCUGGUCGGGGACGUGACGUGCCCUGUCGCAUCGCCGCGCGGCGCCAUGCUCUGUCGCGGCAUCAGCAGCAGGAUUCCCGCAACGAGGCGGAUGCGUGUCGAGGCGCCCGUGGUCAUGCAAGUUGACUCCGCUCUCAUGCGGACCAGCUCACCCUCUCCUGUCAAGUCGUCAGAAUCCGACCCAAUGCUGGCGGAGGCAGCGCUGUGCACGCUGCGGAAGGGCGUCAGCGUCUGCGAAGCUUGGGCCCAUUCCAUCGACGUCUGCCCGCGCGGCUCCUGCUCCUCCAGCUACUGCGGCCAGAGCUUUGUGGGGGCUGCCCUAGAUGCAGACUUUGAGUUAUGGGCGGGCCGCGCGAACUGCUCUCUUACUGGGCCGUCGGAUGGGCCGGAUGUCAUGUGUGGCUUCGGCCUAGACAUGUGGCAGCCCGAGGCCACUAGCAGGGAGGUGGCCCGUGCGGUCGACCUUUGCCUCUCCGGGCCGGAAGAGUUAAGCUCAGGCCCGAGUUCACCGAUGCUGGCCACUCCGCUCCUUGGCCAGGACGGGAAUCGUUCCUCGGUGCUCGCAUUGGAGCACGCCGCGGAUGACGAGAUGGCGGAUUCUGCUACUGAUGAGGAGGCGGCACCUGGUGCUGAUGUCGUGGUCGUGGAUGACAUCGCUGAGCACUCGGAGAAGCUGCUGCCGGUCGAGGACUUCAUCAGCACAUUCAAGAAGCCCCUGACGCAGCCAGUCGCCACCGCGUCUUAG